CCAAGAAGACGACUCAACUCUUCUUUCUUUUUCCUCUCGUCUGCAGCCUCCCUGCCUUCCUGCCUUCCUUCCUGCGCGGAGCUUCUCCCUCUCCUACGUCUGGCCGCCGCGCUCCGUGUGCGUAAAAAUGCGCAUCUGGGUGGACUCGCCGCUCGCAACGUCCCGCGGCGCGUGUGCGUGGGAAACUUGGCGGCAAGCUGCGUGUUGUGGACGGGAAGGUUGGAGCCGGAGGAGCAGAAGGACGUGGACUCUGCGAGCAGAAAGGUGCUGACCUGUUGCUGAAUGGCGAACAAGCCGCUGGCCUCCUCGCCUGCCUCGUGACGCCGUGUGCCGCCAUGUACCAGGAAGUAGCUUUCCUGGCGGGCAGCACUGACCACCAGUUCACCAGCUUCCACUUCAAGCCUGUGGAGAACCUUCAGGAGGUGUCCUCCAAGAAGGGCGUCUUCUACAAGCGGGCCCAGCUUCUCCUCCGCCAACAGGACUGUGGCGCGGGUGCCGGUGCCGGUGCCGGAGCCGACGGGGCGGUCAUUAUCAACGUGGGAGGCAUCAAGUACCGCAUCCCCUGGUCCACGCUGCAGGAGUUCCCCAUGACCCGGCUGGGGAAGCUGCACAGCUGCAGCAACGAGGCGGAGAUCAUGGACGUGUGCGACGACUACGACGGCAGCCGCAACGAGUUCUUCUUCGACCGCAGCCCCUCCGCCUUCCGCACCAUCGUCACCUUCCUGGCGGCGGGCAAGCUGCGGCUCCUCCGGGAGAUGUGCGCCUUGUCCUUCCAGGAGGAGCUGCUCUACUGGGGCGUGGAGGAGACCAAGCUGGACUGGUGCUGCCUGAGGAAGCUGCGCCUCCGCCAGGAAGAGUUCAAGGAGCUGCAGCGGCUGGAGGAGGAGGAGACCGAGCUCGCCUCGCCGCCCUCCUGCGAGGAGAGCCAGCAGCUGGCCAGCAUCGGCGAGGACAGCGCCGCCACCGCCGAGGGCUGCAUGCGGAGACUGAGGGACAUGGUGGAGAACCCUCACUCCGGCAUCCCCGGGAAGAUCUUCGCCUGUCUGUCGGUGCUCUUUGUGGCCAUCACCGCCGUCACUCUGUGUGUGAGCACCAUGCCCGACCUCCGAGAGGAGGAAGAGAGGGGCGAGUGCUCCCAGCGCUGCUUCAACAUCUUCGUGCUGGAGACGGUGUGCGUGGCGUGGUUCUCCCUGGAGUUCGCGCUGCGCUUCAUCCAGACUCAGAGCAAGUGCACCUUCCUGCGCACGCCGCUCAACGUCAUCGACGUGGUGGCCAUCCUGCCGUACUACAUCACCCUCAUCGUGGACUCGCUGUCGGUGGGCGGCAAGCCGGCGGGCUCGGGCAACAACUACCUGGAGAAGGUGGGGCUGGUGCUCCGCGUCCUGCGGGCCCUGAGGAUCUUCUACGUGAUGAGGCUGGCUCGCCACUCGCUGGGCCUGCAGACGCUGGGGCUGACGGUGAGGAGGUGCACGCGGGAGUUCGGCCUGCUGCUGCUCUUCCUGUGCGUGGCCAUGGCGCUCUUUUCGCCGCUGGUGUUCCUCGCCGAGAGCGAGUUGGGCGCCAAGCAGGAGUUCACCAGCAUCCCCGGGAGCUACUGGUGGGCCGUCAUCUCCAUGACGACGGUGGGCUACGGCGACAUGGUGCCCCGGAGCAUCCCCGGCCAGGUGGUGGCGCUCAGCAGCAUCCUGAGCGGCAUCCUCCUCAUGGCCUUCCCCGUCACGUCCAUCUUUCACACCUUCUCGCGCUCCUACGUGGAGCUGAAGGAGGAGCAGAACCGAGCCCUGAGGCAGAAGCCCGACUCGCAGGACAGCACCAAGUCGCAGAACAGCGACGACUCGCAGGACGUGGACAGCUACCACGCCGCCGCCGAGUCCGUCGUGGCGUCCGCACAGCGGAGGAAGUCCAUGGCUGCUCACAGAGCGCACAUCCAGACUUAAAGACACUUUCCGUGGAACUCAAACUGGACUCGGGAGUCACGACUGAAAUAUCGCCGCCUCAGCAACUUUUACCUAUUCUAAAAAAAAAUGAGGAAAAAAAAGACAAAGAUACGUGUCCAGUUCCAAGGGAACUACACUUUUUUUUGGAAUUUUGCCUAUCAUUCACAAUCUUUAUGUAAGACAAGAACACAUGCAUUAUAAAUCAUAAAUAAAUGCUAGUAAAAGUCAGCUCACAAUAGAACCAAUCUAUCCAUCAGUUUUAUAUGCAUGCUGUAAGUCAGUGGUCCCCAACCACCGGUGCCGGUCCGUGGAUCGAUUGGUACCGGGCCGCACAAGAAAUAAAAAAUAAAAAAAUUACUUUUUUAAUUUAAAUUUAAUCAAAAUAAAAAACACAAGAUACACUUAUAAUUAGUGCACCAACCCAAAAAACCUCCCUCCCCCAUUUGCACUCAUUCACACAAAAGGGUUGUUUCUUUCUGUUAUUAAUAUUCUGGUUCCUACAUUAUAUAUCAAUAUAUAUCAAUACAGUCUGCAGGGAUACAGUCCGUAAGCACACGAUUGCAUUUUUUUAUGACAAAAAACAAAAAAACAAACACCCCCCCGGUCCGUGGGACAAAUUUUCAAGCGUUGACUGGUCCGCAGUUACAAAGUCAUACUUGCCAACCUUGAGACCUCCAAAUUUGG